AUGACGGGGGCGUUGAGCAAGCGCCAGCAGGCGCGUAACGAGGCGAUUCUCCAAGAGCUGGUACACUCCGUGCCGGGCAAUGACCAGUGCGCCGACUGCCGCGCGCGGAAUCCAUCCUGGGCAUCAUGGAGCCUCGGCAUCUUCCUGUGCAUGCGAUGCGCGACGAUUCAUCGGAAAUUGGGCACGCACAUAUCCAAAGUGAAGUCGCUGAGUAUGGAUUCCUGGACAAACGAGCAAGUCGACAUGAAAAAGGUGGGCAACAAUGCUUCCAAUAAAGUAUAUAACCCCGAGAAUAAGGAGCCGUCGAUCCCCAUCGAUGUGGACGAAGCAGACUCGGCAAUGGAGAGGUUCAUCAGGCAAAAAUAUGUCACCAACGCUGGUCAGGGUGGCAGGCUCAAGAAACCACAGCUGGAGGAAGGCAUUCCGCCACCGCUCCCGCCCAAGAAUUCCAAGUUUGGGUUUAGAUCGGCCUCGUCGAUAUUCCCACUAUCUUCCCGGGCGAAAAAGGAGGCCAAGGCAGCCGCUGCGCAGGAACUUGCGAAGUCCAAUUCCGGUUCCGGUAACUCGUCGAACCAUGCAAACAAGCAAUCGAAAGUCUUUGGGGCCGCCGUGGAUUAUGGCCAGGGCGAUACGGAUAAGAAGCUGGCGAGACUACGAGACAUGGGCUUCCAAGACGAUCACCGAAACGCAACGAUUCUGAGAGGAGUAAACGGCAACUUGGAGCGCGCUGUCGAGGCGCUCGUUCGACUCGGCGAGGGCGAUGGACAAUCCCCGGGGCCCGUUCCGGCAGCAGCUGAGCGAACGUUGCGAACUUCAAGAUCAUUGACGCCCGUAGGUUCGAAUCCUGCAGGCCUCAACCUAGGCUUGAGCGUACAGCACAAGGACGUGACUUCAGAACGACCGACGACAGCGACGGCCGCGUCCACAAACCCCUUUGAUAUAUUUCCCCCGGCCCAGCCGCAGACGGCCCAUUCUACUGGAACGCUUCAAACCAAUAACCCUUUUAUAACGUCGACGAAUCCCUACGGAGCUCCAGCACCACAGGCCAACCUCACCCAAGCGUUCCAGAACAUGUCUUUGUCUCCAGCAGCUCAAUCCCUGUUCCCUCAUCACACUGGCGGAGUCAUCUCGCCGCCGCAGCAUCAUCAAUACACGUUGUAUCAGCCACAGCAAGCUGCUCAGCCAAUUCCUCAGCAAUACCAGAGUCCAGGCUUCCAAAGCAGCAUGACGUACCCCCAACCUGCUGCACAACCCCUGGCACCUCAGCAAACUGGCUAUAAUCCGUUUUUUACGCAGACGCAGCCCACGUUCCAGCAACAACAACCGCAGCAGGCGCCGCAGCAAAGUCUGUCAUUAAAUACGAAUCAAGCCGCGGCAUAUGGGAACAACCCAUUCACACGAUCCCCAACAAGGAUAUCCUCGCCCUCUCUCACACAGAUUCCCGAGCAGUCUCUGCCUACCAUGUUCCAGAGCCCCAUGCCACUUCAGCCUCAUUUGACCGGGACAAACCCCUUUUUGAACAAUGGCGUACAGUACCAGCAACAGCAGUACCAGCAACAGCAGCAGCAGCAGCAGCAGCUACAGCAGCAACAACAGCCCCAAUUCUUUGGUCAGCAGCAACAGCAACCUCAGUUCUUUGGUCAGCAGCAGCAGUACUAUCAGCCUCAGCGUCAAGACAAGGCCUCGAUCCUGGCUCUAUAUGGCCAACAGCAGGCGGCACGCCCUUCUGCCUCUGAACCUAAUAUGCACGCACAACCACCAGCCAUCCCAGAGGAUAGGGUUAUGCCAGCACAACCAAUGCCGCCUAUGCCUAUGCAGCCCGCGGCAGCUCCGACACAGUCACCCUUAGUCUCUUCGCAACCCACUGCAGGUAACAACAACCCAUUCAUGAAGAGUGGGCCUGCGGCGGCGGCCCCAGACCCUUUUGCCACAGAUCGGAAGAUUAGCAGGGAAAGCAUGAAUUUGGGGAUGGACUUGGCAUGGACAAACGGGCGACACAGCCCUGAUGCCUUUGCGAGCCUCAGUGCGAGAUAUGGAUGA